AUGGUACAAUCUAAAUCUCUCAUCCUGGCCCAGAACCCGGUUGGUCUUCCAAUCCCAGGUCAAGAUCUUGUCGUCACGUCGUCCGAAUUUGACCUCUCAGCUCCCCCUCCUCCAGGCGGCGUGGUCCUCAAGUUGAACUACAUCUCCUAUGACCCGUACCAAAGAGGCCGAAUGCGCGCAGCCGGGUCUCUUUACAUUGCCGGGUACAAGCUCGGCGAACCCAUCGACAACAAUGCAAUCAGCACCAUCGUUGCAUCCGAUAAUGCCCGCUUCAAAGUGGGUGACGUCGUCAUCGGCAGCGCAAAAUUCUCCGAAUAUCAAGUCAUUGAUAAAUCCCGUGUGGACAAAGAAGCUACAGCCGGUGGCCUGAGCAUCCUGAGUAAUCCAUUGGGUUUGGACGAGACGAUUUUCCUUGGUGCUCUCGGGAUGAGUGGCUUAACUGCGUAUUCGAGUUUCUAUGAGAUUGGGCAGCCAAAGAAGGGGGAAGUUAUUUUCAUUUCGGCUGCCAGUGGUGCAGUGGGUCAGAUAGUUGGACAGCUGGCGAAGAGAGAGGGGUUGAAGGUCAUUGGAUCUGUAGGCAGUCAGAAGAAAUUGGACUUCAUCAAGGAGAAGUUGGGUUUCGACGCGGGGUUCAAUUAUAAGACUGAGAGUGCCGAAGAGGCCCUUAAGAGAAUUUUGGGGGAGCUAGGGAAGCAGGGCCUGGAUAUUUAUUACGACAAUGUUGGAGGCGAGCAGUUGGAUGCAGCGAUUGCUACUGCUUCUACCUUUGCAAGAAUCGUCUCCUGUGGUAGCGUCUCACAGACGAGCAAAAAACCCGAGGAGACGUAUGGCAUCAAAAAUAUGCCUCUAGUGGUGGGCAAGAGGCUUCAGAUUAGAGGCUUCCUUGUCUUUGAUCCCGACUUCGGACCCAAAUACACAGAAGAGCAUCAGAAGAAUGUGCAAAAUUGGAUCAAAGACGGAGAGAUUUCAGUCCAGAUGGAAGUAACCCACGGCAUCGAUAACGCUGCUGAGGGUCUGGUGGGCAUGCUGAAAGGAGAUAACUUUGGCAAAGCCGUUCUGAAGGUCGCCGAUAUAUGAUUCGACAGAAAUUUUCAAUCGUAUAGAAACAUGCAGGAAACUUGACAAGGCAGAAGUAGUCUGCUCGUCUUCCCGACGUUUUGAACAUCAAUUUCCAACAGUCUAUCGCAGAUACAAUUAGACGGUGAUAAAGAAAUAUUUAGCGCGAAGGGACGUACAAAAAUAUUUUAGUUUGCAUAGGAUUUCAUAGUCAUAGUGAGAUGCAUCAUGUUGAAGUAAAGAAGAUACCCGAGAUUGGAAAUAUAUUACAAAGUUGGCGGGAAUGUCCGAAAGAGGGCUCAUUAGAUUUCUGCUCCCUGCCGAUCUGGG